GGAAGAAUUUUUAAAUAUGUUGAUCCAAAUGAAGGUUUCAUUGAAUAUGCUUCAACUUCACCAAACAGGAACAAGACAAUCUGUGAUGGGAUUGCAGACUUCUCAGCAGCUCAAGUAAUUAAGCAUAGGUUGAAAAAAGUAAGUCUUUUGAUAAUUUUUCUUCUUUGAUAAUUUUUCUUCUUUGAUAAUUUUUUUUACUUUUCUUCUUACAUCUUAGCUGUUGGUUUAAUCCAUCGGGCAAAAAUUGCGAAACAGAGUGAGUGCCGUUGAAGAUCCAAUUCCCUCAUCUUCCUUUCUCAUGUUUUGGCGGGUACUCAGAAGAUUCUAGAACCAAGCGGUUACUCAAAAUCACUUUUUUAAGCGCUUUUUUUCUGCAUAUUCAAAAACGCGCGUUUAGAAUUCGUUUUCUAAGUCGAGUUAGUUACUACCAUCAAGUUUUUGUAUAAAUAGUUGAACUCCACUGAGUAUUCUGAAUUUCAAUCACAUUUUCACCAUAACAACUUUCUCUCUCUGAUUCUUUGAUUUCUCUCGCUCUGUUCUUUCUGCAAAAAUGCCUCUCGUGGACAAUGAAAAAGAUACUAGCAGAUCGAAGUUGUGUGGUUUAGAGACUUAUUUCAACAAAUCCAUGACUCAUAUCCUUGGUGCAAAUGUUUUCAUUGAUGGAGGCUUUGAUUUCGUUGUUGUUCCUCUGAUGUCGCCGACAUAUCGCCCAAGCCUCGUGCAACAAUUCGGAUCAUUUUCUAUAGAGGCGUCGCUACCGUGUGCUAGGUCAGACUUGGAUCCUAUGCCUUAUCUAUGGCAGGAUCAUGUAAUAGGGAAAAUUAGCGAGUGGAUAGACUUGGAUUCCCCAGAUGAAAUGGUAAGGAAGGACUCUGAAACUGCUUUCAAACAAGAACUAGCUUGGGCUUCUUAUCUCUCAUUACAGGCUUGCAUCCUUCCGACUCCAAAAGGAAAUUCCUGGACAAAUUAUGCUAGAUGUGCCAAUCAGUUUUUACAGGAACAGCCAAAGGAGAUGCAGUUGUGGCUAAGGAUUCCAUUGGUGAAGCCAGAUGGUGACUCGGUUGAAAUCUAUAGAACUCCGGAUGAUUAUUGGAAGAUAUGGAAUUCGUUUCGACUGAUGUGUGAUCAUAAUAGUAAAUUGUUGGUCGCACUUGAUAAUUGGAGUACCAUGCCUUCAGAAAACUCACUGAAUAGUUGGUACGGGGAGCCUGUUGUCACUUUUAUAAUACACACAAAUUCCUUUUUUACUAGAGAUGGUGAUAAUCCUAAGCACCUAUCAGAGGGUCUACAGAAGUUAAUUGCUUAUUUCUUGAAUCAUUUUACCCAGAUCAUUAUAUCUGAAGUUCAACUUUUUUCUGAGUCAAUAUCUGAAGUUCAACAUAAUUACAGAAACGUUGAUGCUAUUUCUGAUGAAGCUUCACGGAGACGUCAUCUACUACCUCAUAUUCACUAUCUUAGAUCUCUGUAUCAACAAGUGGGUCCUCUUUCUAGUCCUCUUUCUUUGCAAGAACAUUUACAGCUUGCUGUCAGGGAUGUUAUACAGUACACCUCACAACCUUUUAAGGAAAUAUUGGAGUCUGUAUUCUAUCAGAGGCAAGAGAGUGAUAAGAAGAUCUACAUGAUGUACAAAAGUGCAAUUUGUCAAGCAUUAUUGGACAGGGUUCCUGAUGAAAAGGCAUCUGUGAUUACCAUAGUAUUGGUUGUUGUCGACGCAGGUCAUGGGGCUCUUGUGAAGACAUCACUACAGGCUGCUAAAGAAACUGGGAGGAAGCUCAAAGUUUAUGCCGUGGAAAAGAAUCUAAAUCCACUUCCUUACCUUUAUAAAAAGUGCAACGAAAAGGAUUGGAAAGAUAUUGUUACAUUAGUCCAAACCGAUGUGCGAUACUGGAAUGCCCCGGAAAAAGCUGACAUAUUGGUUAGUGAAUUGCUAGGUUCUUUUGGUGACAACAAGCUGGCUCCUGAAUGCCUUGACGGAGCCCAGAGGUUUCUGAAAGAAGAUGGAAUUUCAAUACCAUCUUCGUAUACAAGUUUUCUCCAACCAGUGAAAAAUGCGAACUUAUAUAAUAGUGUUAAGGGAGGAGGUGAUAAUAUUUUACGAUUGGAAACUACUUUUAAUACGAGGAUGUACAACGUUGCUCGUCUUGCACCAUGUCAACCUCUAUUUACCUUUACCCAUCCAAAGCGCUCUGUCAAAGAAAGCAACCGGCGGUAUAAGAAAUUGCAAUUUGUGAUACCUGAUGACCCUGAGUCAGCAAUUGUACAUGGAUUUGCUGGCUACUUUGAUGCAACUCUUUACAAGGAUGUGCAUCUUGGAACUGAACCCUCUAAAGCUACGCCAGAUGUAUUCUCUUGGGAACAACUUUUUUUUCCAUUAAGGGAACCUAUUUGUGUGCAACGCGGCUCUACCCUAGAAGCACAUUUUUGGCGCUGUUGUGGUUCUACAAAGGUUUGGUAUGAGUGGUCUGUUACAUCUCCUUCUACAUCUCUAGUUCACAACUGUAAUGCACGCGCAGACUGUGUGUGGCUUAAUUGAAUCUACCUCAAUAAUUUGCUGUCUGCAAACAAGUUUUUCUUUUUCUGUUGAAAACUAGUCUUAGUGACCUCAGAGCUGCCAAUAAACUGAUUUUUUGGAACUAGUAUUGGUAUCGUUCAAUUUGGGAAAUCAUGUUUCUGAUUUUCAGAACUAGCAUAGCAUCUCAGUUGGUUCUCUUAUUGUCAGUCCAUUUUAUAUAAGAUCAUUGAGAUGAUCAUUCUCUGUAUGCUUAUCUCCAGUCUAAUAAUGUAGACAAAUAUGGUGAGUUUUUUUUCUUUCUUUUUUUCCUUCUAAUUCUAAAUCAAUGGUGCAUUUUCUUAGUUUGUUGUUUUACUAAGAAUAAAAUAUAUAUAUAUAUAUAUAUAGAG